GUUUCUGAGAUUUUAAAAUGCGGGAAAUAUUACUGUUAUGCCGGAACUUUGGUUGCGUGUCACCGUCAGGAGACUCAGUGGGAGUGAGAAGUGAUCAGCUGAUGAUGAUGACGUCACGUGCAACCUCUAUAGUUACCUUGCCUCAACACACCACCGGGGAGGACAGGCGGCCGUGAGCCAACCAGUACAUACCUUCAGAGCCAUUCGAUUAGCUAAACACAGGCGUUGUGUGGCUAAUAUGGCAAUCACAUUGACACAUGAAGAAUAUUUUAGAACUUCAAAACCCGCGUAUCAAACACAACUACUACUUGACAUAUUUUAAAUACUAAUUGCGUUUAUGGACAACUGACAAAUUCCUUCAUUUAAAGUCCCCGGCAGCAGUCAUUCAUUGGUGAGUGUCGCUGCCCCCAACAGAUGGCGGCGGCUCUGCGUGGUGACGUCUACAUGUAAACAAAAAUGACAGAACUGAACCGCGAGCUGCAGGAAUAUUUGUCGCGGGCAGAUGGCAAGAGCGAGUCCAAGGAACCCCUCCUGCCCACCUCUCUCCCCAAGAUCUCGAGCCUCCCCAAGAUAUCGUCGUGGUUCUCGAGGAAUGGCGGGGCGGGCGGGGACGGGCUAGUGGACGAGGAGGCGGGCAUCAGCCGCUCCUCCUCGGCCUCCUCUGCCUCCUGGUUCUCCUCGGCACAGUCAGACCCGUGUUUGCCCAGCCUGGGACGGAAGCAGAGAAUUUUGGGUUUCCUGGCAUGUGUCGUGAUGGGCUUGAUAUGUUUCUCUUUGGCUGCAAUGUAUUUUCCGCUCCUUGUGUUUAAAGCACGCAAGUUUUCUCUUCUCUUCACACUUGGCAGCCUUUUCUCAGUGCUUAGUUUCUCAUUCUUAUGGGGUCCAGUCAACCACCUGAAGCACCUGUUUUCUGGUGAGAAGAUAGUCUUCACCACGGUGUACUUCAUCUCCCUGUUUGCCACUCUGUACUUUGCCCUCAGUCUGCAGUCCACCAUCUUCACCUCCAUUGCCGCCAUCGUGCAGGUGGUGGCUCUUCUUUGCUUUGUUCUCAGCAAUAUUCCGGGUGGACAGACUGGCCUGAAGUUCUUUUCGAGCAUAUGUUCCUCCAUGGUAAAGACAACAGUCUCCAAAGCUCUGCCAGUUUAGCACUUUGGUAUUAUGAUAAUUUAAUAUUUCAGUAAUAUUUUUUAACACUCUUCUUGUAACUGAACACGUAUGAAAGGCUGUAUAAUUUUUCCUCACAUUAUUUUCUUCAGAUUACUAUUUGGAAUUCUUUUGAGACAUUUUCUCAUUAGGAUACAUAUCAUCAUACCAGAUUGUUCAUUGACACUUCAUAUUUCUGAGAGCUUUAUAAAUAUGACAUUAGAUUACAUUUUCAUACACAUUGUGACUCGCAUGUACAUUUCAUCCUCUACAUCUACACUUUCUGAAAUGGUCAGUGCUUUAAAUAAUGUAAGGACUGAAUAAACCCAUACAAAAUGUAAUUAUAUUUAUGUAUAACUCAUUUUCUUUUUCAUAAUCAUUGUCAUAGUGGUGAAAAUGCUUGUUAUAUUUCAUUAGAAGAUAUCAAAAGUUGAUUAUGUACAUACAUACUUUUCCACCAUUUUAUAUGUAGGUAAAGGAGGGCACAAACUAUCAGACUCCUCCAUUGUAUUGAGGAUCACAAGUUUUAAUGUCAUGUUGCUCAUUUGUGUCCCCUUACUGGUUGAUAAUGUUUGCUAAGAGGAAAAAGUGCCCAGUGCAAUGAGUUCAGGGAUACUGAAGCAAUAUAGAACCAGAAAAAUAAUAGUAGGUAUGAAAUUUUGUAAUAUAUUUGUGAAGUUGUGGUUACUGCAGUACCUUAUGUAUAUAAACUUAAUGGUCGAUGAAAAAAACAUUAGCAUCAAUUUCUUUUUCAUAUUAUUGAUAAUAAGGCAGUUGCUACUUGCAAGUCCAUCGUUUGGACAUUUUUGGGUUUCCAUUAGGCUGGCUAGAAAAUAUGGCCUGAAUAUUGAUUAAAAACUACCCUAUUAUACUAACAAACACCGUAAUUGUAGAAAAAUGAAAGUGAUAGCCUAUAUGACAGUUGUAUUUUUCAUAUUUGGAGGGUCAUUUAUCUAUGGAUUAUUAACUUUAAAUGUAAAUGUGUAAAGUGUAUUUGGCUCUGAUUAAACACUUUGAUUAGCUAAACACAGGCAUUGUGUGGCUAAUAAUGGCAAUCACAUCCAGCGUGCACACACACACACACACACACACACACAUGACCCGGUAGCUCAUUGGUUAGAGCGUCUGCCUCACAACCAGAAGGACUGUGGUUCGAUUCCCCGACUGGGUGAAGAUAAGUUGGGUUUAUCUUCUUUCAUGUGUAGUCCCUUUUCACCUAGCAGUGAGUAGGUACGUGACGUAAGGCGAGGAGUUGUGACCUCAUUGUCGCGGUGUGUUGUGUGUGAGAGGUCUCAGUCCUCCCCAAAGAUCGGUCACUGGGCUCCGAGCUCCUUCCAUAGGGGAAUGGCUGGCUGUCUCAAGAGAGACCUGCAGCAGACCAAGAGGUGAAUUACACACACACACACACACACACACACACACACACACACACACACACACACACACACACACACACAGUCCGAGCCCAUUAGUGCUGUGGGUGAAUUUUAUUUUAAGUGGCUGCCGUGAUAACAUGACUCAUGCUUGUCUUAUUCUGCCCCCUGGUGCUCCUCUUGACCGAAGUCUUUGAAGUUAGAGUUGAUUGAAUUUCUGGACAGAAUGUGGUUAAUCUUCUGCCACUGAAUGAUGGUUGAAAAGUGUCAGUUGCUUGUGGUGGUGUAAUGCCCCGACGAGCUUACUUUCCAUCCUUCCUAUUUCUCAACACGGCCUCUGCGUGUAUUGAAAUAACACGAGAAAUUAAUCAAGAGUGAGGGUAUUCCCCGGCUGCCUGGGAUUGAACCCGCGACCAGCGUGACGGGAGAGCCACUCCUUACCGAGUCGGCCAAAGAGGUACCCCACUGGCUAAGUGGGUUAUGGGAGGCUCAUUCAUCAGGCCGUCGCCGCACUACACAGCUUUCCCCCCUAUGUAGAUUAAUUUCUGUGUGUUGACAAUGUCCCUUUGAGACAUAACUCCACAAUGUCCUUUUUAGACAUACCUCCAACAUUCCCAUUUUCUAUCAACCUCGGAGCAUGGGCCAUCCUACCUGUUACCCCUUCGGGGAAACUCAACAGAGGAGAGGAUGCCCACCGCUAUGCCACCACUGUAAUGCCCCGACGAGCUUACUUUCCAUCCUUCCUAUUUCUCAACACGGCCUCUGCGUGUAUCGAAAUAACACGAGAAAUUAAUCAAGAGUGAGGGUAUUCCCCGGCUGCCUGGGAUUGAACCAGCGACCAGCGUGACGGGAGAGCCACUCCUUACCGAGUUGGCCAAAGAGGUACCCCACUGGCUAAGUGGGUUAUGGGAGGCUCAUUCAUCAGGCCGUCGCCGCACUACAGUGGGACUUGAAGCUGGGUCUGUAGGAUCACUCCAUUUGCAUGCUGACCACUCAUCCAUUGCCUCAUAUUUUGCCUAUAGUGUCAAUCAUAAUUUUUAUCAUUAUGUUUUAUUAUUAUCACUCGGCUGCCAUUUUGUGAAGUAUUCUGAGAUCAGGAAAAAAAUAUGUUUGGUACCAAACUGCAAGAUAUGUGUGUAAUCUUCUGUUCUGGUAAAUUCUAGGGCAAGAUAUAUUUAUUUAUUUAUUUAUUUAUUUUUUUUUUAUUUAUUUUUUUAUUAUUAUUAUUUUUUUUUUUUACUGGUAAUGCACCACUCAUAUUUGAAGAGUUUCAGCAUGAGAGCUCCUGAACUCUAUCACUUGAGGGAUAUAUGGAAGUGGUAUCAAUGAUUAAUGUGUAUUGGUUUUGCGUUUGUGCGUGUGUGCGGGUUUACUUGGUGACCAACUUAAUAGUUCAGUAUUAUAAACAAUCAGUGUAAACUGUUUUGAAAUAAACAUGGAUAUCACAUUGAUCUCACAAACUGUGUUCCCAUUCAAUUUAAAACUAGUAUUCAUUGCAUAAGGACACUAUUUUUAUUCUUAGAUUAUAAACUAUCCAUACAGACAAUUAAAUUUGUUGGAUACACUGUAUAUGUGUCAUCCUUCCAUACAUGUUGAUAACCACCCAGUGGGGUAUGUAAAUGUUCUUUUUCAAAAUGGUUAAGCUUGUGCCAACGUAGUGAGAAGCAAUAUAUUGACAGCAUUACUGUAAAUAUGUUUGUAAAUGAAACAUUUCCCAUAGCUACUCAUAUAUGCCUCAAUUUUUAUUUGUAAAAUAAUAGUGGACAUGAAAACAUAUCCUGUUACUGUUUGUAAGCCAAAGGUUUUAUAUUGCGGAGUGGGGACUGUGAUAUAAUAUGAUUUUUUUUUCACGGGAUUAAAGGCAGAGAGGCUUCAUUUUGUACCAUGUUCUGUAGAUGCCUCAGUUGACCAAUGGUCCUCAGUAAUUAAGUUUUGAGCAAUACUGUUUGUGGCUGUCUGUUAAAAUCCUAGACAGUUGCUGGUAGCCAGCACUCAACCCUUCAUCCACCCAAGUCUGCACCUUGAGUAAUUUUGCAUAGUUAAUUAUGGUAUGUAACUUGAACAGCUCUAUGUUCUUUAUAUAUCUGAAAGGGUUAUUGAAGAAGGCAUCCGUGUUACAUGGCCUUUGCUGCCUGCACACCACCUUCACCUUGGACUGGUUGUUCACAUUUUUAGUUACACUAUGUUGAAUAAACUACAUAAGUGAAAAAAAAGUAAUUUCCAUGUGAAUUUCUAGAUACAGUGUAAUGUGUUGUAAAAGUGUACAUAGGUAGCUAUAUGGCUACCAGUGAUUCUGUAACAGACUAUUUAUGCACUGCUGGGCAGAACUGUUUGGUAAUCUUCCUGCUCACACAUGCACCCAUUGCUUCAUGUUCUUAUGUUAGCAUGUGGAGUUUUAUUAUUCAUUGUAUAUACACUUCAUUUCAUGUGCAUAUCACUCAUUAUCCACAUAAAAGGGUGCUUACACUUAAGGUCUGUGUUAAUACUUGUACUAAUAGGUUUUCUUGAUAAAGCAAACAAACACAUACUUUUGGAAACAUGUUGAAGGAACAUGAGUGACUAGAAGGGCUACCUACCAUCACCUUGGUGGUUCAGCCACUGUACGAGUAAAGGUGCCAUGGAUAAGGUGAUAGAAAUUUGAAAUUUCUACUUCUUAUGCAUGUAAUUGUGAAAAGAGAGCCUUUGUUAAUCAUUUCCAUAUCAACAAAAUUAGGUGAUAUUAAUGAGUUUUGCAUUUUAUUCUUUCACAUUUCAAGAUGAAUAAUUUGCUGAGGCAGGUUAUUGUUAUGAUUUUUAUUAUUUUUCCAUGUGGUUUAAGUUAUCAUUUUUAUGCUUGAGUAAUAACUGAAUAAUUAUUACAGUACAUAACAUGCUGGAGACACCAUUAUGUAUUGCAGAUCUGAUAUCAAUUUUGCACUUGUGAAAUUUUAGUCGUAAUACUAUGUGAGGAUUCAUACAAGAUGAAUAGUGUAUGUCUUACUAAAUAAGUAUUCAUGUUCAGAUGUUGCGAUUUAUUACUUGUUUUCAUCAGUGAUGAGACAAAUAUAUGAAUCAUACAAACACUGUUCUGUGGACUUCAACAAACUCCUCCUGUUAAA